AAGUAGCUGGUGUUGAGAGGCCGUUCCGGCCGCCACAGCCCCGCGGGGGCCGGACCGGCCGGCGGCGGGAGGCCCCCCAGGGAGACCCUUGCGGGGGGCCGACGAAAUGGAGGCCAUAACCAGACGGAAGUCAGAGAAUCUAAGUGGAUAUGCUUGGGCUUGGCCCAGAGGUGAGCUGCGGUCUCUACGGGAGGAAAUUUCCCUGUUAGAGCGUGAGAAGGAAAGUGAACUUAAGGAAAUAGAACAAGAGUUGCAUUUGGCCCAGGCUGAGAUCCAGAAUCUGCGACAAGCAGCAGAGGAUUCUGCGACUGAACAUGAGAGUGACAUAGCAUCCCUGCAGGAGGAUCUCUGCCGGAUGCAGAAUGAACUUGAUGACAUGGAGCGCAUCCGGGGAGAGUAUGAGAUGGAGAUCACCUCCCUCCGUGCAGAAAUGGAAAUGAAGAGCUCUGACCCAUCCAAUAGUUUAAGUCUCUCAGAUUUCUCUGAGAUGCAAGAAGAAUUGCGGCAACUGCGGGAACGCUACCGCUUCCUGAACGAGGAGUACCGGGCCCUGCAGGAGAGCAACAGCAGCCUCACAGGGCAGCUUGCAGACCUGGAGAGUGAGAGGACACGAAGAGCAACAGAAAGGUGGCUGGAGUCCCAAACACUAAAGAGUAUGAUGUCGGCAGAGUCUCAGACUUCAGAGAUGGAUUUCCUAGAGCCUGAUCCUGAAACCCAGUUGUUGCGACAGCAGCUGCUGGGAGCUGAGGAGCAGAUGCAUGACAUGCAGAACAAGUGUAAGAAACUGUGUUGUGAGUUGCAAGAGCUACAGCAUCAUCACCGGACCAGUGAGGAGGAGCAGAGACGGCUGCAGAGGGAGCUCAAGUGCGCGCAGAAUGAGGUGCUUCGGUUUCAGACUUGCCACAAUGUCACCCAGAACGAGGAGCUGAAGACCAGACUCUCUGCCCUGCAGCAAAAGUAUGAUGCUAGCCAGGAUGAGCAGAAUGAGCUGUUGAAGGUGCAGCUACAACUUCAGACUGAGCUCCAGCAGCUCAAAGUCAUGAAAUCCACAGUCACAGAAAGCCAAAGUGAGAAGGAGUUACUGUGCCGGCUACAGAAGCUGCAGCUCCAGUACCAGAACAUCAUGUGUGAGAAGGAUAAGCUGCAGGAAGUGCAGCAACAGCUGCGGGAGGACCUGCGGUACUAUGAGGCAGAGGUGCAGCGCCUCAAGGACAUCGUGGCCUCCUUCCAAGAGAGCAAUGAGAAGAACACAGAGAUGCACGCCCAGCUUCAGGAGAUGAAGCGGCUGUACCAAACCAGCAAGGAUGAGCUGGAGCGACAGACGCACAUGUAUGAUCAGCUUGAGCAGGACCUCCUGCUCUACCAACUGGAGCUGAAGCAGCUCAAGACCACCCAGCCCAUCCCGGAGGACAAGGGAAAAUGUGCCAAUAAGUGUGAUACAGUGCUGGCCAGACUGACAGAAUUGCAGGAAAAGUACAAGGCCAGCCAGAAGGAGAUGGGGCAACUGCAAAUGGAGCAGUGUGAGCUCCUGGAGAAUCAGAGGAGGAUGCAGGAGGAGCAGGGCCAGCUGCAAGAAGAGCUGCACAGGCUCACGUUCCCGCUCCCCAGAUCUGGUCUCUUCCAUAAGAGUCAGGAGCUACUCACAAAGUUACAAGACUUGUGCGAACUACAGCUGCUCUACCAAGGCAUGCAGGAGGAGCAGAAAAAACUGAUUCAGAAUCAAGAAUGUGUAUUAAAAGAACAAUUAGAGCUGCAUGAAGAGCUACAACUUUUCAAAGAGUCUCGUUUCCGGGAAGUGUUGGAGAAUCCUGAGGGUUCCAAAUCGCCUAAGUCCUCAAAAUGUGGUCAUGACAAGUCCAAGACGAUCAUCGCCCAGAUGCAGGCUCUGCAGGAGCUAUACGAGGCCAGUCAGACUGAGCAGGAGCUGCUGCAGCAGGAGCAGGGGAGGCUCCUAGAGGAGCGGAAGAGGCUGCAGGCCGACUUACAGCUCUGCCUGGAAGAAAUGCAGUUGCUCCAAGUCCAGUCCCCCUCUAUAAAAAUGAGCCUUGAGUCCUACAAGAAGAGUUACGAUAGCAUGGCCCCCAGCAGCGAGAAUUGUCACAAGAGUUAUGGUAGCAGCGUUGAUGACAGCGAGAGCUAUCACAGGAGUUACAGUAGCACCCAGGCCAGCGACGAGAGCCUUCUCAAGAGCUAUGGCAGUAGCACCAGUACCAGUGAGACCUGUGAGAAGAGUUACCGCACCAGCAGCAGCAGCAUCACCUAUAAGAAGAGUUAUGGCAGCAGCAGUAACUCUGACACCUGUCACAAGAGUUACGUCAGUAGCAGCACUGAUGACGAACCUGCUGAGCCUGAUGAUAUAGAGCACUUUGAGGACAUGGUUGCCAAGGUGUUGAUCAAGCUGCAGGGAGUGCAGGCCAUGUACCAGCUCAGCCAGGAGGAGCAUGACCAGCUGCAAGAGCGGAUGAAAAAGCUGCUGGACAAGCAGAGGGAGCUGAAGGAAGAGCUGGAGGCCUGUGAAAAGGAAUUCAAGGAGUGCAUGGAAUGUCUGGAGAAGCCUGUUACCUCCCAAAAUGACAAGAAUGAGAUCAAAGACCUGCAGACCAAGCUGCGGGAGCUGCAGCUGCAGUACCAGGCUAGCAUGGACGAGCAGGGCCGGCUCUUGGCAGUGCAGGAGCAGUUGGAGGGGCAGCUGCAGUGCUGCCAGGAAGAGCUUCGCCAGCUCAAAGAGAAGAGGUCCUCUGUUACCAAAGAAACCAAGGGAAAGAACGGCAAUAAGAACAUGAACAGGAAUGCCAAUGGGGUUAAAAAUAAAAAGGUGACCAAGCCAUGCCUGGACAGUCCUGAGGGCAGCUUUGAGACCAGAAAGAGUCUGGAGGUGGUGCUGUACUACAAGGCCAGCCACAAAGAUUUAGAUGAACUAGCAAAAGAGGAAAAGAAAGAGGAAAUGGACGACCAAAAGAAGGAGGAAAUGGAAGAGGAAACGAAGGAAGAGUCCUGGGAAGAACUAGUUUCUGAGCCACCAGAUCCUAUAGAGAUUAAGUCCACAGAAGAUCCAGAGGAGGGACAAGAAGAGUUCCAAGACCAGGAGGGCAAGGAAGAAGACAAUGAAGAUGAAGAAGAUGAUGACUCUUGCCCUGAAGCUUCAGAGGAAAACAACCCCCUCAAACUUUCUGAGAGCAAUAAGGCCUGGUGGUCAUAUCGGCUUUGCUCUGGUGCUGGUGGGCUGAGACGUCGUCCUAACGCAGAACAUGUUUGGGAUGUGGAAGCCUAUGGUGUUCUUGGCUAUUGCAGCUGUGGCUCUGUAUGUGUUACCCAACAUGCGACAGCAGGAGACAGAGUUCUGCCUCACGGAGUGAUGGCAGACCUGGGCCAGCUGAGGGGGCAGAUCCCUGGUGGCCACUACCCCAACUUUUGGCAGGACACACUGUGCCAGAGCCCCCGCCCCACCCAUAUGUCCCACAUGUUCCCAUCUCCUUAGCCUCAGUCACCCAGGCUGGAAAGGCUUAUGGGGAGCUGCUGGCUCCCAUCUCCUGCCUUGUAUAAGAACCUGGGUUCCUUGUAAUUAAAUAUCAACCUAAUUACAUGA